CCGCCCACAUUCCCGUGACGUCAGCCGGUGAUCUUUAUACUGGUGCGGCCUGGGUUCUCGUUCUUCCGUCGGUGCCGGUACCGGGACAUGCAUCUGUCGCAGGAGCAAGAAGUGCCCAAAAAAAUGGAUUUGAACCAAGAUCAUUCCAGUGGCCAAGAUCCGCUUUCUAAAUGUCUUCAAGCUAGAAAGGAAUUAGAGACUGCAAUUCAAGCACUUAUUAAAACGGAGCAACAAGUAAAGGAAAAUGGCAAAGAGGUGAAAGCUCAGAUUCAGUCUUGUAUUAGUCGUCACCUGGAAUGUAUGCGUAGCCGUGAAAUCUGGCUUUUGGAGCAGGCUGACUUGGUUCAGCAGCUGAAGGAAGAGGCCUUACAACAGCAAGCUCAGCAGCUGUAUUGGUUGUUGGGACAGUUCAAUUGCCUGAUUCACCAGCUAGAGACCCCCCACAGUAACGACCUUGCCAAUCAGAUCACAGUUUGUUUAGAAAGAUUGGGCAGUCUUGCUCUGAACCCUGAAGAAACAUCCGCUCUCGGUUUUGAAGCCGAUGUCCCAUCUCUUCGGAAAGCUAUUACUACGUUUGGAUCAAUUAAAACUGUGAACUGUGAAGCAAGUCCAAUAAUUGCCAGCCCUGCACCAUGCAGUUUUGUUUCCCAGAAUACUUGGCUUCUCAACAAUUGUUACGUUCCUCCAAUCGAUCAGAAACCUCAUUCUGGGGCUUUGAGCACAUCUCUAUCUGAAUGGCUUUUGGAGGGCAAAGUUACCAACAUUUCUCCAUGUCCUGCUUUGUACAUUCCAAGCUCUUCUCCACAGGAUUGGCUGAUAAACUCGGACAUCACUGGACAUAUUGCGGGUUCAGAAACACCUGCACCACUCACUUUUGAUAUUGAGAAAGUCUGGGGUAAACUAGGGGAAUUACAUAAUUGGUUGCUAGAGUCCCAAAACAAGGAAUCUUGUCCUGAGAAAACUGGAGUGCGUACACGUGACCAUUCAGAGUCCAGCUCUUUCUCCUUUGAAAAAGUUGAUGAUAUUGACUUCGAUUUGGAAGAUCAGGAAGAGAUGGAUCUUUCAGAGUGGCUCAUUUCCCCCGCCACUACCGAAGAAUCGACUAGUGACGUGGACAAAUGGAAACUCCUCUUUCAUCCAUUUGUUCAGGACUACAGCAUUAACGAUUGGCUCCAUAAAGUAGAGUCCUGCAGUAAUUGCUGUGGUGGAAAUACAGCUCCCUUAGAAAUCGAAAAUCUUGGGAACCUCCGAUGUUUAAAUGAGCAGCUUGGGGGGAAGAAGGCUACUGUGUCUGGAGAUGAAAUGUGGCUGUUGAAGGAAUCUCAGGCUUUCUUUAAGAUUGAAGAAAUCUGCAAAGCUAAUGAGCCCUGCUCUACUCUCUCAGAAUGUGUGUGUGAUGAAAGCUGUGAGAAAGAUGCUCUAAGGAAGUGGCUUUUGAAGAAGGAAGGGAAAGACAAAAAUGGCAUUCCUCUGAAUCCAGAACACAUUGUCAAAGACCAAGAGCAAGAAAAGUCAAAACCUUCCAUAAAUAUGUGGCUGCAUCCAUGCAAAAGAAAUUCUGGGGAGCAGACUUGCACCAAGAAGACAGAAGAAUAUGAUCCCUUAAUUAGGCAUUUCAGAGCAUUGCUUGAAACACCUUUAACCAAUUGGGUUGUCGAGUCCACUACAGCAGAGAAGGCAGAAAACGAAACUUCAAAUAGUAAAUGGAAGCUGAACCCCUCGGAGAAUCAUUCUCCGUUUCAAUUGCCUCUAGACACUGGUUGCUGGGUGUUGUCCUCCAAGAACAUAGAUAACACAGAAAAGUCAGAACAGCCUGUACUGGAGGAUAAAUGGCUCCUACGUAAAAAAGCACAUGAAUAUUAUGGCCUUCCCAGUGUCAGUGACCUCUUUGCCUGCAUGAAGCUAGCAGCAGACAAAGACAAAUGGCUGUACCGCACUCCCUUACAGAUGUGAAGCAACUUAUGAUCUCCAAACUUUGGUCAAGGACGCACAACAAAAUCUUAGUGGAAAAGACUUCCUAGCUGUUUGCCUGCUGCCUUUUCCUCAGGAUUGUUUUCUUGCUCAUAACAUGUAAAGAAAUGUAACCUGUAACGAAAUCGCUAAUUUGAAACUAUUUGGGUUACAAUGUAAUCUGUUUCUUGAAAAUUCCCUUUAAUUCCUAGUGACAGGGACAGUAUUUUCAUGAUGUGGUGUUGUAAUAAUGGAGUCUUCGACAUUUUCUGUGUGUCUAAGAUCUUUUUUUUUUUUUGUUUAAAAAAAAAAAAAUAUUGCUUAAAACAGCAAUUUGUUGUUCAUUUAUAGUUUUAAAGUGAAGCUGUGUUUAACUUUUUAAUAUGACUAAACUGUGGGCAUACACAUUGGUAAGUACCUAUAGAUGCCUGCAUGUGAUUCCUCCUCCCAGUAACUCUGGGGAAGAUCUAAAAUGCAGCUUUAGUUAGCCCUGUCCCUUCCACCUGCUAGGCUCAGUGAAGCCGUUCAUUACAAUGUUGGACUAACAGGGAAGCAGAAUGGGGCAUAA